CCUUGCUAUCAAGUAAAUUAUGAUCUUUGAUUUGGUCUGUUAAUCCAAACCAACAGCCUGAGACCAUGUACAAGAGGAACGGUUUUAUCAGAGGUUUGGUUUCAGGUGGUGGUUCAGUUUCAGCGGCUCUUAUCGUGGAUAAUAUUUCAUGAGCACGAUAGUUUCAGCUGGUUUCUGAGCGGAGGAGUCACCUCCACUGUUGGACCCCAGCAGACGCUUAAGAACUCAACUUUCACUUCUGAUAUCAGGCGGACGAACCGGGUCACUCCAGCAGCUUUUUAAACUUUACCAUCACAGAAACCUUUUUUCUCUCUUUCUCUGCUGGUUCCGGUUUCAAAUCUUGGGCACAAAGAGGUCGGUCAUUAAUCUUCAAACUGAGAAAAGCUUUGUGAUGUUCCUCUGAAGCGAUCACACUGAGGGAAGGAGAGAAGGGAUGAAAACAGAGGAAAGCCAGCAGUCCUGUCUGCAGCAGCCUCCAUCCUCAACACCUUUCGGUCCGGAGUACAGGGGAGGGGGAGAGUUGUGUGCGGGCUGCGAGUCUCCCAUCGCCGACCGCUUCCUGCUGCGCGUGAACGAGCGCUCCUGGCACGAGACCUGCGUCAAGUGCGCAGUGUGUUUGAGCGCGCUCACCGGGACCUGUUACUGCAGGGACCGCCUGCUGUACUGCAAGCACGACUAUGAAAAGCUGUUUGUAAGGAAGUGCAGUGCCUGCCUGCAGGUGAUUGGACGUUCAGAGCUGAUAAUGCGGGUGCAAGGCCAGGUGUACCACCUUGGCUGCUUCACUUGCUGUGAGUGUGAACGCCGGCUGCAAAGAGGUGAUGAGUUUGUGCUGAAAGAAGGCCAGCUUCUCUGCCGCAUGGACUAUGAGAAGGAGAGAGAAAUGCUGGCCGCUAUUAGUCCCACACCAACUGAAUCAGUGAAAAGUGAGGAUGAGGAUGGUGGAGGAGGCUCUGGCGGGGGGAAGGGUGGUGAUGAAAGCAAAGAGCACAAGCGCUCAAAACGACCACGCACCAUCUUGACCACACAGCAGCGUCGCGCUUUCAAGGCCUCCUUUGAGGUGUCCGCUAAGCCUUGUCGCAAGGUGAGAGAAACACUGGCUGCUGAGACUGGACUGACAGUGCGUGUUGUGCAGGUGUGGUUUCAAAAUCAGAGAGCCAAGAUGAAAAAGAUAGCUCGCCGACAGCAGCAACAACAGCAGCAGCAGCAGGAACAAGAGCAGCUGGGAGGAACCAGGAGAGGACCAAGUAGAGGGGGCCGUCAGAGCAAUGACGACAGUGAGGAUGGCUCUAGUACCCAUGGCAUGGAUGGGAUACUGGGGUAUCCCUCUCUGCCACGUCAGCAGCUACUCGCUCUGGAUCCCAACAUAUAUGGUGGAGAGCCAUUUCGACAUGGGCUUACACCACCUCAGCUGAGCAGUGAGCAGCUCCACUCUUAUGACUCAGAGACAGUAUUCCACGACCUGGACAGCGAUGGAAGCCUCGGUCAACUUGGAGAUUGCCUCUUAGCAGCUGGGGAUGGCAGUCUCCUGGCAGGGCGAGUGGGAAACCCCAUUGACCGUCUCUACUCCAUGCAGAACUCCUACUUCACCUCCUGACCCUUAUAAACUCUCACCCUUUCCCCUCCUGUUCCACCUUUCACCUCAGAGAUGCAGCUAACGGAGUCUGUCCAUCAACACGCCAGUGGGACCGCUCUCAGUGACAAUGUCUUCACCCAAAAUGCACUUCUGAGCUUAUAUCACAGGUCAAAAUCAUUAGAAGUCAGGCAUAGUCAUAUUAUCAGUUUGCAGCAGAUUUGCAUAAAGUUCCUAUUAUCUUUCCUCGAUAAGAAUCACAUGCUGGAAAAACAGACACUGUAAAUGUCCAAGAUAUGUAAAAAAAAAAAAAAAAAAAAAAGAAGAAGAAGACCUCAAUUUCUCCUGUUGUAUCUAUGUAAUGUUCAAUGAAACACCUUUCACGGCACUUUCAACAAAGAAAAACAACAACAAAGACACUUAUUCAAACAUUAAUAUGUAUAUCAUGAAAUUACAGAUGAUAAUUGGUUGUUGAAAGUGUAUUCAUCAAUCAAGUAACAUGUAUUUAGAAGUCUUGGCAGGUCUUAUGAGCAGCUGAGGGUCUAACUAAAAUUAGUAUAUUGCAUAGCUUUUUUGACAGGACUAGUGAUUAGUUUUUGUGCGUGAACGACUGCAGCAUAUACAGUAAUGUAUAUGGCUUGGAGUACAAUUUUGCUCAGGUUAGUAUGUAUGUUUGUGUAACCUGAGCUGUAACUCAGGAUAUUGUGCUGGACAGGAUAAAAAUGUAACUAGCCCAGUGACUUCAAGAACGUAGACGAGGAAGAAAACUCUCUAUAUAAAAUAAUCAUUUCAAACUACAUUCUUAGUUUUUUCAUAUUGCAUGACAGGUAUAAUAUGGACCAAAAAAAAGUCACAUUUUUUUAGCGUUUAGACAACACUACAGGGUAAUUUGAAGAGCCUUAUGCGGAAACAGGGUUGUAAAAGUGAUUAUUGCUUUAGCUUUCCCUCCUCUUUUAUAAUCACUAUAUCACUAAGAAACAGUUGACAACCAAUGGAUCUAUUAUGCCCAAAAGUUAGAACACUGGGUACAUGAUAUUGUGCCCUAAAUGUAAAUGUGAGUAUGACUGUGUUACAGUUAAUUGUUGUAGUCACUUUCUGUAAUAAUUUCUUUCUCAAACAUCUGAAAUUAGAUGUUGUUAGGUAGAUAUUUUGUACCUUCUUCUGUGAUAAUCCGCAAAUAUUUAAACUGUAGCAUGAUAUUUAUGUGUCACAAAGUAGGUCUAAAGGAAUAGCCUCCAAACUCAAGACAGAUAGAAAGUGUUGCAGAAAGGAUUGGACAAUGUGGUGCAGAAUAAAAAUAGGAUUAAAGUGAUACUUGUUUCAUUUAGGUGCCAGUGAUUGGCAACAGCUUGUGACUUAUUUCAUGACAUUAUGUUUGACUCUGAUCACCACCUCAUGGUAUUUUUACAGUGAUAUUUUUGUGAAUGUAACUUAUUUGUGCGGUAUUAGGCAAGUUCCUAUUCUACUUUUUUGUUCAGUGACUGCCAGGUGAUGUGCUUUGAAUGUAAUGUUGCCGUAUCUUCAAUACAAUCUGCGGUUUCAUCUUCGGA